AUGGAUGAACAAUUAGUCAUUAUUGAACAAUUGAAAAAGACUUUACAGUUAUUAACUGUCGAACAAGAAGAAAAUAAGAUUAAGGCAAGUACUAUUAAUACUUCUAAUUCUUCGAAUAAUGACAAUGAGGUUAAUGCAAAGUUUCUUUAUGAAGAUUGUGCAGAUUUAUUCAUUGAUUUCACUUACAAGAAUCCAACUACUUAUCAUGUUGUGAAGUUUGCAGCUAAUAUGUUAGAUAAGAGUGGUUUCAAAUAUCUUUGUGAAAAGGGUAAUUGGGACAAAUGUAUCGGUAAAGAAGGUGGUAAAUUCUAUACUAUUAGAAAUGGUACUAAUCUUGUGGCUUUCAUUGUUGGUAAGAAUUGGACUAUCGAAAAGGGUGCAGGUGUCAUUGGUUCUCAUAUCGAUUCCUUAGCCGUCAAAUUAAAGCCUGCUUCUUUGAAGGCUCAUGUCGAAGGAUUCGAUCUUUUAGGAGUUGCUCCUUAUGGUGGUGCCUUGAGCGAACAAUGGUUAGAUAGAGAUCUAGGUCUUGGUGGUCGUAUCUUGUAUCAUGAUGAAAAUUCUGACGUUAUCAAGGAGAAAUUAAUUGAUAGUACCCCUGUACCAAUUGCUAAGAUUCCUUCUUUGGCUCCACAUUUCGGUAAACCAGCUGAAGGUCCAUUUGAUAAAGAAGAUCAAACUGUUCCAAUUGUAGGUUAUCCAACUGGUACUCCUGUACCACCAAAUGAAAAGGAAAAGACUUCUCCUUUAGUUGGUAAGCAUUGCAUCAAUUUAUUGAGAUACAUUGCUGAAUUAGCUGGUCUAAAAGUUUGUCAAUUGACUCAACUAGAUCUGGAUCUAUUUGAUGUCCAAAAGGGUGUCAUUGGUGGUAUUCACCAAGAUUUCAUUUUUGCUCCACGUCUAGAUGAUAGGUUAUGUAGUUUUGCUGCUUUAUGGGCUUUAGACAUGUAUUCUCAUACUGUCGAUACUUCAACAUCCGAUAACUUUUCAGUAUUGGCAUUAUAUGAUAACGAAGAAGUCGGAUCCAUGUCAAGACAAGGUGCUAAGGGUGGUCUACUAGAAUCUAUUGUGGACCGUGUUGCUCAAGCUCAUGCUAAUGCUACUUGUGCCGAGAUCCGUACUCUAUAUGCUAACUCCAUCAUCUUAUCUGCUGAUGUCAACCAUAUGUUUAAUCCUAACUUCAAGGAAGUUUACUUAGAAAGACAUUCUCCAAAGCCAAACGUCGGUGUUACAUUGUCAUUAGAUCCUAAUGGUCAUAUGGCUACCGAUAACGUUGGUCUUGCUUUUGUUGAACAAUUAGCCAAGAAGAAUGACGACAAGUUGCAAUACUUCCAAAUCAAGAAUAACUCCAGAUCUGGUGGUACUAUUGGCCCAACUUUGUCACUAACUGGUGCGCGUGUCAUUGACUUAGGUAUUGCUCAAUUGUCUAUGCACAGUAUCAGAGCUGCUACUGGUUCUCAAGAUGUUGGUCUAGGGAUCAAGUUUUUCAAUGGGUUCUACCAAAACUGGAGAUCUGUUUACGAUAACUUUGGUGAUUUAUAA